AUGAUCCACCAGUUUUGGGAGGUGAUAAGUGAUGAGCAUGGCAUCGACCCCACUGGCAGUUACCAUGGAGACAGUGACUUGCAGCUGGAGAGAAUCAAUGUGUACUACAAUGAAGCUGCUGGCAACAAAUAUGUACCUCGGGCCAUCCUAGUGGACCUGGAGCCAGGCACCAUGGACUCUGUGAGGUCCGGACCGUUCGGCCAGAUCUUCAGGCCAGACAACUUUGUGUUCGUGUCAGUCAUCAACGCCAAACCCUAUAAUGCCACCCUUUCUGGGUACCAGCUGGUGGAGAACACAGGUGAAACUUAUUGCAUCAACGAGGCCCUGUAUGACAUCUGUCUGCUUCUGCACACGGAAGCUGACCACACCCAUCUAUGA